AGAAAGUAAUAUAAAAAGUUAACUAAAAUUAACAUUUCUGAAUUGAAAUGUAUCUCCUAAUAAUCCAGACAAUCGUUUUAUGUCAAAUUUUUAUACGAUUUUCACCCAUAAAAGCGCUUAACAAUGACAUAGCAGAAAGUUGUCCCUAUCAAAAUACUGUAAAUUUAACAAAUCACCAACGUUUCGAAAACGGUUCAUAUCUAUAUGAAGAUAUUUUAAUACCAAUCGAAAAGCAAAAAUUAUAUAAUUAUUAUAUGAAAUAUUCAAAAAUCAAGAAAUCAGUUCGUCCCCAUCCGAGAGGUUGUGUUUGUGAGAGAAAAGCCUGCAUAAAUAUGUGUUGCGAAAGAAAUGAAUAUUUAAGUAUUAACAAAAAUAUUGUAAAGUGUGUAAAACUGAAUCCGUUAGAUGUUAAAAUGUCUUUGAUGGUGAAAUUAACGGAUAAAAAUAAUUUUAAAAAGGAGCUACAAGUUUACAAAUACUUCACCACUCAAGUAGGUUUACCCUGUCGUCAGCCGAAAGCAUUAAAUCUAACUCAGGACAAGGGGAUAUGGUAUCAGGAUCGCCUACUACAUAUUCAGAUGAAUAAUUUAACAUAUUCCACAAUGGACUAUUGUUAUUCUCCAUUGCUAAAUGCCAGUUCUAAACAAUAUAUAUUAACACCAUACAUAUGUGAGAAUAAAUAUGAAGGAUCAGUGCUAAUACUGGUAAAUUCUUAUGCCAUGAUUGCAUCGGUAUUAUUUUUAAUACUCACCAUAGUGGUGUAUUUAUUGCUAAAAGAAUUGAGGCAAACGUUAAGUGGUAAACUAAUGAUAUCAUAUCUUAUCUCACUAACCAUGGGCUAUAUCAUUAUUAGCUUUAUUAAUAUUUCCGGUAUACAAUUUGAUCUUAUAUUGUGCAGCCUUUUAGGUUUUACCUGUUAUUUUUUCCUAAUGGCUGCCUUUUUAUGGUUGAACAUUUUGUGUUAUGAUAUUUGGAAGAAUAUAAAUGAAACUAAUAAUAUUGAGUUCAAUUCUGAAGAAGAUUCUAGGCAAUUCUUGUGUUAUUCCCUUUAUGUGUGGCUGAUUGCGGGUCUAGCAACUGUGGUUAGUGUUUUCGUAGAACAGUUAACGAAUUUGGAUGAUCUUUAUAAGCCGGGCAUUGAUAAGGAAAGGUGUUGGCUGAACACUGAGAGAUGGUCUGCUGCUAUCUACUUUUAUGGACCCACUUUUGUUAUUUUACUACUUAAUUUGGUCACAUUUUUCCGUGUAGCGAUAAAAAUCUGUAAAGUGCGUUAUGAUGCGGCAAAACUUACAAAUAAAGAAAAACUAUUUCGGGAGAAUGUUAUAGUCAUUUAUCGUUUAUACCUAUUAAUGGGUAUUUCCUGGAUCUUUGAUGUUUUAUCUUAUUGUUUCACAUCGAACAGAAUGGAGGAUAAUUAUCAACUUUAUUUUGCUUUCACUGAUUUUAUAAAUGCCAUUCAAGGUUGUUUAAUAUUUGUGUUAUUUGUUCUGAAACGAAAUAUUUUAAAUCUGAUAAGACUCAAAUGUCUUCCCACAUUCUCUCCUACAGAUUGCUUGGUAUUGCAAAAUUUACAUAACAUUCAAGCAAAUGUUGCGAUUUAAAUCCGCC